CUUCAAGGGGAACCAUUUAGUAUGAAACUCAAAUAUAACAGUUUUAUAUUUUUAACCCCAAAUCUUUCAUUGAAAACAUGAAACUUUCUCACUCUACAGUUUUAGAAUGGUCUACUUCAUAACACUUCCUCAGAGGUCCAAAAUACCCUACUUUGCUGUGAUUCUAAUAUGCGUUUAAAGAAAUUCUUUGUUCCUGACAGCUACAUGGAACUCUGGGAUUUUUAAGGCCGGGGCGGGGAGGGGGGUUGAAAGUAAUGUUUGUUGUAUGCCUACUCUAUUAGGCUCUUAGUAUUUAUUAACUCAUAUUCCUAGGGACACCACUAGAGUACUGUUGUAUCCAUUUUACAGAUGAGAAUAGCUGAGGCUAGCAUAAUCACUCUUUGGUCUAGGUAGGGAGUUAGACAUGCCACCUACAUUACUACAAAACAUGAAAUAUGCUUAAGUGCUUAAACGAUGUCCAAGCCACAAGUAGGUGGUAUGAGUGGCCCUGUGAAGCAAAAACUAGCAUUUGCACAACAGGCACACAUGUGCCUGUUUCUGCAAAUAAAUUUCCCAACGUGGCCACAGACGGGUGCGAAUCCACUAAGGACUCCCGGGUGUGAUGGGGGGACGAACCGGACAAUCCUCGUGGAAAGCCGCAUCCGAGCGUCCUCAGUAUUCUACAUGUACGGAAGUUGGCUAGGGUCGGGGGGCUUGACCUGCGGCUGCGUCCUGCUCCCCGAGCCCUCCCCGCUUUCAGCCGCUGCUGCCGCUAAAUCCCGGAGAGUGGAGCGUUCACGUUGAGAUUCCUCGGCGGGCCUGACAGUGGCUGCUGGGCAUGCUCAGUGGGCAGGACCCGUUAGGAGUGGCGAGACCGCAGCUGAACGCACAGCUAGAAGGUUGGCUCUCACAAGUACAGUCUACAAAAAGACCUGCUAGAGCCAUUAUUGCACCCCAUGCAGGAUACACAUAUUGUGGGUCUUGUGCUGCUCAUGCUUACAAACAAGUGGAUCCGUCUAUUACCCGGAGAAUUUUCAUCCUUGGGCCUUCUCAUCAUGUGCCCCUCUCUCGAUGUGCACUUUCCAGUGUGGAUAUAUAUAGGACACCUCUUUAUGACCUUCGUAUUGACCAAAAGAUUUACGGAGAACUGUGGAAGACAGGAAUGUUUGAACGCAUGUCUCUGCAAACAGAUGAAGAUGAACACAGUAUUGAAAUGCAUUUGCCUUAUACAGCUAAAGCCAUGGAAAGCCAUAAGGAUGAGUUUACCAUUAUUCCUGUACUGGUUGGAGCUCUGAGUGAGUCAAAAGAACAGGAAUUCGGAAAACUCUUCAGUAAAUAUCUAGCGGAUCCUAGUAAUCUCUUUGUGGUUUCUUCUGAUUUCUGCCAUUGGGGUCAAAGGUUCCGUUACAGUUACUAUGAUGAAUCCCAGGGGGAGAUUUAUAGAUCCAUUGAACAUCUAGAUAAAAUGGGUAUGAGUAUUAUAGAACAAUUAGAUCCUGUAUCUUUUAGCAAUUACUUGAAGAAGUACCAUAAUACUAUAUGUGGAAGACAUCCCAUUGGGGUGUUAUUAAAUGCUAUCACAGAACUCCAGAAGAAUGGAAUGAAUAUGAGCUUUUCUUUUUUGAAUUAUGCCCAGUCAAGUCAGUGUAGAAACUGGCAAGACAGUUCAGUGAGUUAUGCAGCUGGAGCACUCACGGUCCACUGAAGCUCUGAGUCCUCAGGGAUACCGCCUGCACACACUCAUACUCUGUCCGGGGUCCCAGCCUAGCCCUUACCAAGAUACUGGUCCUGGUUUGGGGGGAUUCUGAAACCUCAAACUAAUAGAACUUUCUUCUUUUCUAGUAGGUGUAGUCCUUCCUUAAUUUCAACUCAUUAAAAAAUGCUUUAUAGUUUAGGCAGUGGAAGGAAGGCUGGCAUCAAAAUAUGUGAUCAAACACCAUGGCAGUGUAAAGGCCCAGUUGUGGCAGACAGGCUUUUGAAAGUAACUUGUAAAGCAUUUACCAUAUCCUAAAUUUGCACUCUUUGCAGACUUGUGCACAUAUAUUCCGCUUUCAGAAUAGUUUUGCAAAUUGUACACAAACAAAAAAAGGGUGGAAGCUUUUUAAUAAAGAAAUUGCAUUUAUAAAUGAUCUGUAUUAAAAUAUAAUAAAUCUCCAGUUAUAGUCAAUUACUACCCAUGUUGUACAACAGAUACCUUCUAUUUUAGUUGCUAAUAAAGGGCUACACAAAUCAAAA